GGAUCCUAGAACUUCACGCUGCAUCAUCUCCAGCUUGCUUCAUCCUCAACCUCACCUACAGCAUAUCUGCAUCGCUACACAGCAGAUCAAGCAUUCAGAACCCUACCCACCACUGGAGUCUUCUAGCUUAUUCCCGACAUAUUCCUGCGAUAAGACAGCUCCUCAUGGCUAGCAUAUUCCGGCGCAUCUACGACUGGCUCUUGCGCCUAUUCUGGGCCACAGAGAUGGACAUCACGAUGAUCGGCUUGCAGAAUGCCGGCAAGACGUCGUUGUUACGGGUUCUGGCGGGUGGAGAAUUCACAGUCGACUCCAUCCCCACGGUGGGCUUCAACAUGAAGCGCGUCCAGAAGGGUCAUGUAACCUUGAAGUGUUGGGACCUGGGAGGACAACCCAGAUUUCGUUCCAUGUGGGAAAGAUAUUGCCGCGGCGUGAACGCGAUGGUUUUCAUCGUUGAUUCGGCCGAUAGGGAGGCGUUGCCUGUCGCUCGGGAGGAGUUGAAGCUUCUCCUUGAGAAGCCGGCCUUGGAGGGCAUUCCCCUCCUCGUGCUCGGAAACAAGUCCGACCUGCCCAACAAACUCUCAGUGGACGAGCUGAUCGAAGCCCUGAAUCUUACGGCAGUGUCGCACCGUGAAGUGAGCUGCUAUGGCAUUAGUGCCAAGGAGGAGACGAACUUAGACGCCGUACUCCAAUGGUUGAUCGCUCGGGCGAGCAAGUAGGUGGUUGAGGGUCUAAUUUUUCCGAGUUGGUGAUUUGAAGGGCGAGGAUUCGGAAUCAUUACGACAUGAUCGGUUCGAACGACGAUUUCGAAUGAUUUGGUCCGAAAGUACGAGUAAUCGAGGGGACGAAUGGCUUGGUGCUUGAACGGUUUUUCAGUGCGAAAUGCCUUUCUGGGCGAACUUCAUGACUCC